GGCCUCCAACGCGGACCAUGUCUCCUCGCCAGCUCCUGUACAUGAUUCCUCUUUACGCAAGCGCGUUAUGCACCAAGUGGAAUUCUAUCUGAGUGAAGGAAAUUUGGCACAUGACCGCUUCUUCGCUGAGCAAAUGAAGAAUCGCCCCGAUAAUGGUAUACCCAUCGCCAUGCUUCUGCAGUGUAACCGACUUCAAGCCCUAAAGAUCAACGAAGAACUUUUGCUUCGUUCAAUAAGAAAGUCUAGUUUGGUGAAGGUGUCAGAAGAUGGAUUGGCUGUGGUGCGUACGCGUCCUCUUGCGGAACUCGCUCCUCGUGAAAAGCGCACGAUUCUAGUCGUCGGUAUUCCUCGUUGGUUCAACGAUCCGAAUACAGUGGACCAGUCUCUACAGGAACAAGCGGUUGACGGUCCUGACCCCACUGUGAACACCGCUUCCUUCUCCACGCCACACACUGAUCGUGGAUAUGAGAUGAUGGACUGGCUACGUGAUAUUUUCUCGGAAUAUGGCGAAGUGUUGUACAUCAGUCUACCUCAAUAUCACACCUCUGGAUUUUUUCGGGGCUUUGCAUUUGUGGAAUUCGCCACUCCAAAACAAGCUCGCUUGGCAGUUAAAUCGAUGGCUCCUGCGGCUGAUGACGAAUCCUGGUUUGUUGCCCCACUCGCUGAAGGAAGUUGUCCACCAGACACGCCCCUGCCAGAGAAUGCUUGGAAACCAAGAUUGGCAGCCCGGACUGCGUUACUUCCCUCAGAUAUGCUUGAAAGACGUUACGUUUGGCGAUGUUGUUCUCGGAAAAACAAGCAGAUUCAGAUAGCAUUCCGACACUUGCGGUCGGCCGGUUAUCGCGCACCCAAUCCAUGCGAUCGGGAAUAUGAACAGAUUACCUUGGGUGCUAGCUCGCCUGAGAUUCGGGCAGAGUACAUCAAAGAAAGUUACGGAGAACCGCAUCGGGACAAACUACGUGUAAUUCGCUACGCCGUUUGGGAGUUUUGGAAAUCAAAAUUUUAUUUAUGGCUCAACGCCUGGGUAGAACGGAUGAGACGAAAAACGGACGAGCUAUCUAUGAAUCUCGAAACCGCCCAGCUGGACGUAGAUGAACACAAUGACCGUAGCGAUGGCCAAGCCACUGAUAACCAAGUUUCCCAAGUAAUCCAUGCAGCCAAUUCACCGACGGAGAAUUCACAAACCCAAGCGAACUCGCUCUCUUUGGGUCUUUGCACUUCGCUGCCGAAAAAUUAUGUCCCUAGCACUGUGAUCCUCCUUUUUUGGCCGUCAAAAUUGGUCCAGGACUCUGAACAGACCGUUCUGUCGUCAGUCGAUGAUGACCCUACUCCGAAGCCUCACCUGAGCCUAGCGCGUCGGAUUCGAAUCAGCUUAGAGCAUAAUCUCCUGUCCGCUUGCAGUUUACUCGAGCAGGUCGCGCACAUGGACCCUCAUCCUAACGACCUCGUGUUAUCCGAAGUCUUAUCUUCCCUUGAUAAACACACAUCUCUGUCAUCUCGUUCCUCCGUUGAAAACACUUACGCAGUUUUUAUUCGUAUGAAAACCAGGGCAGAUGCCCUCACCCUUGCUCAAUUUGCCGCAGAUCUUAAGUCACCCGUGGGUCCUAUUAAAUUGCAUUUGUUAUCCGGUCCGAGCGAAACAGCCUAUUGCAAAGCCAUUUCAGCCUCGUUGACAGGAGCGGCCGAACGUCGUCGCCGUUUGCAGUUUAAACGACGUCAGCGAAAGAAAACUGAAUCGAGCGGUACUCAACGGGAUGAUGUGCCUACUGCUUCGACCAAGAACCGUGCUGAUCUAUCAGAAACUGUUCCCCUGGAGAAAAGAUCAAAACACAUCGUAUUUGAUGAAUAGGAAAAAAUUCAACUUCUGCUGGCACUUGAGGUAUUUCGCAAACUCAUAAGAAAAAACAGUGCAUUUAAACUGAGAAUGCUUAUUGAUUUUGCUUAAUAAUCACUUAAAUAUUUCCUACAUGAAUUGCUGAUCGUGUUUCCAUUAAAGUUGGAUUUGCAAAUAUACAAUCUUCUUGCAUG